ACCACAGCUCCUUAACACUCAUGUCAGAUAUGGCUGGUGGUGAACAACAAAGAUCUAAUGUCAUCUGGUUGAACGUUUUGUCUAUCAAAAUGUCAAAAAGGCCAUCUUAUGCCCCGCCACCCACCCCAGCCCCCACAACCCAAAUGCCCAGCACACCGGGGUUUGUGGGAUACAAUCCAUACAGCCAUCUGGCCUACAACAACUACAGGCUGGGAGGGAACCCGGGCACCAACAGCCGGGCCACGGUAGGAGAAUCAACUAUUACAUCAUCCGGCAAACAACAGGAAGUGACCAGAAAUGGCUUUAGAGCAUCAUCGGGUAUUACCAUCCCAAAACCACCAAAGCCUCCAGAUAAGCCACUCAUGCCCUAUAUGAGAUACAGCAGGAAGGUCUGGGACCAAGUGAAGGCGUCCAACCCUGACUUGAAGUUAUGGGAAAUUGGGAAGAUCAUUGGAGGGAUGUGGCGAGACCUCACUGAUGAAGAGAAGCAAGAGUACUUAAAUGAAUAUGAAGCAGAAAAGAUAGAAUACAACGAGUCGAUGAAGGCCUACCAUAAUUCACCCGCUUACCUUGCUUACAUCAAUGCAAAAAGCCGUGCCGAAGCUGCGCUGGAGGAAGAAAGCCGGCAAAGGCAGUCCCGUAUGGAGAAGGGUGAGCCUUAUAUGAGCAUCCAGCCUGCCGAAGACCCGGACGAUUAUGAUGAUGGAUUUUCUAUGAAACAUACUGCUACAGCCCGUUUCCAGAGAAAUCAUCGCUUAAUUAGUGAGAUCUUAAGUGAAAGUGUAGUCCCUGAUGUCAGAUCGGUGGUCACCACAGCAAGGAUGCAAGUUCUCAAGCGCCAGGUCCAGUCCUUAAUGGUUCACCAGCGGAAACUAGAAGCUGAACUUCUGCAGAUAGAAGAACGUCACCAAGACAAGAAGAGGAAGUUUCUGGAGAGUACAGAAUCCUUUAACAACGAGCUGAAGAAGCUGUGCAGCCUGAAGGUAGAGGUGGACAUGGAGAAGAUAGCCGCGGAAAUUGCCCAGGCCGAGGAGCAGGCCCGCAAGCGGCAGGAGGAACGGGAGAAGGAAGCCGCGGAGCAAGCAGAGCGCAGUCAGAACAGCACAAGCACCGAGGAGGAGCAAGCGGCUAGCAAGGCAGACGAGAAGAAAGACGAGGGAGCCGCUCCUAUGGAAACAGAGGAGCCGCCUGCUGAAGAAACUAUCGAGAGCCAGCAAAACGGUGAAGGGACGUCCACUCCCGAAGACAAAGAGAGCGGCCAAGAAGGAGUCGAAAGCACAGCAGAGGAAGGAACAAGCGAUAGCAACACGGGGUCAGAAAGCAACAGCGCCAUGGUUGAAGAACCCCCAACUGACACAAUAGCUUCAGAAGACAGUGAAAAGAAAGAAUAAAUAUAUAGCCUCUUCUUUU